AAUAUGGGACUUUUUAUUUAUGAUUUGGACUGCGGGGACAGGCAACGAUAUUUUUGUGCUCAGUUCUGGGUAAUUUUGAUAACACUUGCAGGUAAAAUCUCUCCAACUAGCUCAGAUGCCCUCCUCAGUUCCUCAGCAGCCACAGCCAAUCCCUUGCCACCCAAGAUCUACCUUCCUGCCAACUUCAAACUGUCCAAUGCCCAGCUGGCCUUCUUCCUCAGAGAAGCCCAGAUUACAGGGCAAGCAUUUGGCAGCAAUGGUAGGAGCAGUAGCAGCAGUAGCCCCAACACUGGACAGCCACUGCUACGCUCAGAAAGUUUUGUGGUUUUCCAGACCAAGGACCUCCCCUCUGUCAACAUAAGCUUUGGGCCUUUUGCCCAGGACCAGGCGCUCUCUAAGGAGCUGCUCCAGCCAGCUAGUCCACUUGAUAUUCCCGGCCAGCUAACAGUCAACUGGAAGGUACGGGCCUUCAUUGUCCAAGCACGGGUCUUCUCCAACAACCCCACCGUCCAAGUUUUUUUCUACAUUGCUGGCCGUGACUGGGAUGACUUCAGGGCUCAGGACAAGCUCCCCUGUGUCCGGCUCCACGCUUUUCGCGAUGUCCGAGAGAUUAAAACCUCCUGUCGGAUGAAAGGCAACCUGGCUCAAUGCUUGGCCCACCUGGACCUUCCCUCCUCCUGGUUCAACACCAACAUGGCCCCACUGGGCCGAAGGAAAGGCUCCAGUGAUGGGCUUUUGGACGGGCUCAAUAGUGAAACUCUCCAAGCAGAGCUGUACUACACCCUCCAUGAACCUAAUGCUGGGGGUGAGUGCAGUGAAGGUUCAGGCCAUAGGGGUGGCGGUGGUUCCAGGGGAGAACCACUGUCACAGCACCCCCUGCUGCGCAUAGGUAGCAUCAGCCUUUACCAAGCAAGCCAGGAGCAGCUACUGGUGGACAAACAGCUGGACAAGAACAUGUUUCUCAGACUGCCAGAGAAGCCCCUGAAGCCUGGCGAGACCCUGAAAAUCUUCCUCUACUUGAUGCCCAACUCGACUGUCGAGCAGUUCACCCUCAAGGUCAAGGCAAAGAAAGGGGUGAACCUGCUCCAGAGUAAGUCAAAGAAUGCCCAGUGGAAGGUGGAUUGGAAGGUGCAGUCUGGGGCAAAGCAUUCCAUCACCACCAUAGAUGUGAACAAAAACAAAGGAGUGAAACAAGAGGAUAUAUUGGGCAAUGUGGAGGUGAUGCAGCUGGAUUUCGAGAUGGAGAACUUCACCAGCCUGUCAGUGACAAGGAGGAUUAACUGGAACAUUGACUAUAAGGGACAGAAUCCACCUCCUGACUCCGAGAAGGUUGUGACAGAGCUGACUGUGGUCCAGAGGGACAUUCAGGCCAUCAUACCCCUAUCUAUGGAUACUGAGAUCAUUAACACUGCCAUUCUGACUGGGCGCACCGUGGCCAUCCCCGUCAAGAUGGUUUCGAUAGAGAUGAAUGGAGCAGUCACCGACAUCUCAGCCUUCGUACAAUGCAAGUCCUCAAAUGAAGACAUUGUCAAGGUGUCCAUGAAUUGUGACUAUGUGUUCGUCAAUGGGAAGGAGACACGCGGGUCCAUGAACGCCAGGGUCAUAUUCAGCUAUGAGCACUUGAGCGCACCACUGGAGCUGACCGUCUGGGUGCCCAAACUCCCCCUGCAGGUGGAACUGUCUGACAACAACCUCAGCUUCAUCAAAGGUUGGAGGGUACCCAUUCUGCCCGACCGAAGGAGCACCAGAGACAGUGACGCAGAGGAUGAGGAGGAUGAGCGGCGGGUGAGUCGGGGCUGCACCCUGCAGUACCAGCGCGCUUUGGUCAAAGUCCUGACUCAGUUCCACACCACAUCUACAGAGGGCACUGACCAAGUCAUCACCAUGCUGGGGCCCGACUGGCAGGUGGAUGUCACAGACCUCGUUCAAGACUCCCUCAAGGUGGCAGAUCCCAGGAUAGCCGAGCUGGUAGACAGAACUGUCCUGGUGGGCCUAGAGCUUGGCUCCACUCUCCUGAAGGUUGAGUCUCCAUUGGCUGUGGAUGCAGUAUUGGGAGAAUCACCGUUCGCAGUCACAGAUGAUAAAGUGUCCAUCUCAGAGCUGCGUGUGCAUGCUAUCUCUGGCCUGAGCCUGUCACUCCAGCCCAGCCCCGGAAACAGUCACACCAUGGUUGCUAAGGCAACCGGCCUGCAGACGCUCACGACUCCCAAACAGGAGGCCAGCUUGUCUAUUUGGAUGUGCUUCAGUGAUAAUACAGCAGCUCCUCUCACCUAUUUUGACCCGAAAGACUACAACCUUAAUGCUUCUACACUGGAUGACAAGCUGGUAUCUGUAUCCCAAGAGCCUCAGCAGCGCUGGCCGGUGGUGGUAGCAGAAGGGGAAGGAUCUGGGGAUAUGGUGCGCCUGGAGAUGACCAUCUGUGAGGCCUGCCAGAAGACCAAGCGCAAAAGCGUCAUUGCAUCUGCUGCUGUCUUCAUCAAAGUCCGCUUGGGCCCAGAAGAGGAUUCUGAGGAAGAGGCAAACACCGAUGGCGAGAUUGAGCUGGCUCCCGUCACCAGACGGCCAAUUAUUGAUCCCAAUGUUGGUGGGCGAAUUUAUGAGACAUCUAAUGAGCAGCCUGCCAGUGUUCCCAUAGAUUACACUAAUUUUCCUACUAUUAGCAACCAGGAGAGACCGACCGAGGGAGAAGAGGAGGAGGAGGAGGAGGAGGAGGAGGACGAUGACUUUGUCCACUCGCCACGUAACAUGACCGACCUGGAGAUUGGCAUGUAUGCUCUGCUAGGGGUCUUCUGCCUGGCCAUUUUGGUCUUUCUCAUCAAUUGCAUCGUCUUCGUACUGAAAUACCGACACAAGCGGAUCCCGCCUGAGGGUCAGGCCAACAUGGACCACUCCCACCACUGGGUGUUCCUGGGAAACGGCCAGCCUCUGAGGACCCAGGGUGACCUCUCACCGCAGCAGGUGGAAAGCCCAAGCAACCCCUUAGAAGGUGUACAGACUUGCUGCCACGGGGACCACCACAGCAGUGGCAGUUCUCAGACCAGUGUUCAGAGCCAGGUACAUGGGCGAGGCGAUGGCAGCUCCGGCGGCUCCACGAAGGAGAACGGUGAGGAGGCCAGCUCACCCACCUCCAAGCGCAAGAGAGUGAAGUUUACCACCUUUACCACCCUACCCACAGAGGACCUGCCCUACAACUCUAUCCCCAUAGCAGACGAAGAGGACAUUCAAUGGGUCUGCCAGGACAUGGGUUUCCAAGACCCUGAGGAACUGCAUGACUACAUGCGUAGAAUAAAGGAAAUAGCCUGA